AUGUUUCGAGUUAACAACUUUGAUAAAUUACUCGAUAAAGCUACUAGUAAUCUACGUCUGGAACCUGAUUGGCCAACAAUUUUACAAAUUUGUGACUUAAUUAGGCAAAAUGAUUGUUCCCCCAAAUAUGCUGUUGCAGCUGUCAAAAAGAAACUUUAUUCACAAAAUCCUCAUCAAGCUAUGUUUGCUCUUCUGACACUUGAGAGUAUUGUCAAGAAUUGUGGAUCUGGUGUACAUGAUGAAGUGGCCUCAAAAACUUUUUGUGAAAUGCUCAGAGACUUGGUUAAGUCAACACAACAUGAAAAUCUACGAAAUAAGAUUUUGGAGUUAAUACAGGCAUGGGCAUUUGCCUUUCGAAACUCGCCUAAAUACAGAGCAGUGCAGGAUACAGUAACCAUUUUGAAAGCUGAAGGAUACAAGUUCCCACCACUUAAAGAAUCUGAUGCAAUGUUCUCUGCUGACACUGCACCAGAAUGGGCCGAUGGAGAAGUCUGUCACAGAUGCCGUGUGCCAUUCUCAUUGAUGGUAAGACGGCAUCAUUGUCGGGCUUGUGGCCAGGUGUUCUGUCAGCAGUGCAGUUCUAAAACAUCUACUUUACCUAAAUUUGGUAUAGAAAAAGAGGUACGAGUAUGUGAUGCUUGCUUUGAUAAAGUAAGUCGACCACCAUCAUCAACUACUACUAAAUCCAAGGCAAGUGCUCUUGGCACUGAAGUUAGUGCAACACAAAAUCAGCCCCACGAAAAAACUAAAGAAGAACUGCAAGAGGAAGAGGAACUGCAACUAGCGCUGGCUCUGAGCCAGUCGGAAGCCGAGCAAAAGGAGAAAGAGCGCAGAUCCCGCUCGCUUGCCGCACCUGAAACACCCUUGCACCCCACGGUGUCACCCACCGCGUCAUCUGUCAGCGCGUCGCCGGAGCACAGCACCGCUGCCAGCUCGGAGCUCUCGCGCUACCUCGACCGCAACUAUUGGGAGCAAAGGUUAUCCCGCGACACCGCGCCGGCGCCGACAGCGCCCUCUUCACACGCUACACACGACAGCAGCGAGGCCGAUUUCCCAAAGAUUACCACAACUCAGGCCCAGGAAGAUGACACCGAGGAUAAAGAGAUUGACGAAUUCGUUGAAUCACUCAAGUCUCAAGUCGAGAUAUUCGUUAAUAGAAUGAAGAGCAAUUCUUCUCGAGGUCGCUCCAUAGCCAACGAUACAUCGGUUCAGACACUGUUUAUGAACAUCACCGCUAUGCACUCCCGUCUCCUGCGCUACAUUCAACAGCAAGAUGAUAAACGAGUCUACUUAGAGAGCUUGCAGGAUAAAGUGACACAAGUACGCGACAGCCGGGCGGCUUUAGAUACCCUCAGAGCGGAGCAUUCUGCGCGGCUAGCUGCGGCAGCCGAAGCGGCUGAGAGGCAGAGGCAAAUGCAAAUGGCCGCCAAAUUGCAAGCAAUGAGGAAGAAAAAACACGAGUACUUGCAGUACCAGAGGCAACUUGCUCUGCAGAGAGUACAGGAACAGGAAAGAGAAAUGCAAAUGAGACAAGAGCAGCAAAAGCAUCAAUAUAUGAUAUCCGCAAACAGUUAUUACAUGCCUGGAGUCUCCAUGCAUCAUUACCAGCCUAAUUAUCCAAAUCAACCAAUGUAUGCGUCAGCGCAGUUCCAUCCUCAGAUGAUGCCGCAGGUCACUACAGAUGGAACCAUGCCUUUACCGGGUCAACCACAAAUGUCACAAGCCAACAUUCCAAUUGGUACAAAUCAAAUGGGUGCUCUUUCACAAUCAAUGCCACAAUUAAGCAACACAUAUCCCAUGACUACUUCAGGCAUGACACUAAGCCAACCACCUUCCAACAUUCCAUUGCCACUAAAUCAACCAAACCGCCCUGUACUCAACCAACAAAUACCAAUGCAACAACAAAUGAUGAUGCAGCAAAUGCAUCAAGUGAGAAUGCCUAUGCAGCCUGGAGUGCAUUCAAUGAUUAAUCAGAAUAUUGCAAAUGGAUUCACUGGACCAAGCUCUCAACAGAAUCCUCAAUCAUUACAACAAAUGCCAAAACAAAGUCUACCAAACCAACAACCACAACCUAACAUGCCCACUAUGUCAAUUGGUCAGCAAAACAUAGGACAGUCUUUAAAUCCUGCUAAUUCCAUGUUAGGAAUGCAAGCUCAAAAUAUGAGAAUGCCAAUGAUGCAAGGUAAUGCACCAAGUACCAAUCCACAUGUUACAGGAUACCCUAUAAACAUGCAAAAUCAACAAAACAGUCAACUACCUGGAACACAGAUGCCAAAUAUAUCUCAACCAUCACAAAUGCCAAUGACCAGCCAGGCUAUGGCAAUGCCAGGCCAACAAAUGGUCCAAGGACAUAACCAAGGUGCUCCUGUCAAUAAUCAUGUUCCAAACCAAAAUGUUCUUCCUCAAGGACCACAAGCAGCUCAAGGUGGUACACAGAUACCACAACAUUCUCAACAAACUCAAUUUACCCAAGGUCAACAUAUGUCUAUACAAGGCCAACAAGGUCAACAAAUGAUGUUACAAGGUCAGCAAAUGCUCCCCCAAGGGCAGAACAUUCCACAAAAUCAACAGAACAUGAGCCAAGUUCAACAAAUUCCUCAAAACCAAAUGCAACAGGGAAUUCAAGGCCAACAAAUGCAGAAUCAGCAAAUGAUUUCAAAUAAUGUUCCCCAUCAGUUACCACAAAUUCAAGGUCAAAUGGUACAACAAAUGCACUCUCAAGGUCAACAAAUAGCGUCCCAAGGUCAAGCAACGCAACAACCUCAGCAACUGGCUCCUGGUCAGCCGAUGCCUCCUCAGGGUCAACAAAUGCAGCCUCAGGUACCUCAAAUGACAGCCCAGGGGCCCCAGAUGCCACCUCAAGGGCAACAGAUUAUAACGCAAGGUCAACAAAUGCCGCAAAACUGUCAAGGACAACCCAUGAAAAUGCAACAACAAAAUUUUGCUAAUGGCCCACAAGGCCAGCCGCAGGGAAGUCAAAGCCAAAGCCAGCAGGCUCAAACUCCUACUAAAUCCGAACAUAGUAACAACACUGCAGAAUUAAUUAGUUUUGAC